AUGCCACCCAAACGUCCUACACCUAAGGCUUCUGGCUGUGGACCUAAGCGCGAGAAAAAAGUUAUGACGUUCCAUGAGAAGGUACAACUGCUGAAUAUGCCCCAGGAAGGUAAAAGGUAUGCUGCAGAAGGUCGCUGUUAUGUUGUAAAAGAAAGCACUAUACGCUACAUAAAGAAGAACGAGGUGGCGAUCAGGUCUACCGUAGAAAUAAUUUUCUAUGAAAGUGCCAAAAAGAUAACGACAGUGAAUAAUAAGCACUUUGUCAGGAUGGAAUCUACCUUGGCAUUGAGGACCAGUAACUGCAAGAAGAAAAACAUUCCUUUAAGUGGUAACAUCUUCCGCGAGAAAGCGCGGAAAUCAUACCAGCAGUUCGACAGAGGAGACGGAGCAGAAGGCAUCGAAGUACUAAGACCACUGACAGCACCGGAGCCCAAAGAUUUUCAAGUCGCCAAGGGACGAUUUGACCGUUUCCAGAAACGGUUUAAAAUAAAGAGUGUUUCCCUGUAUGGAGAGACAGUAUCAGGCGACAAAGAAGCCGUCAAGAAGUACCUUGAGAUCUUCAGGCAGAUCAUCGAGGACAAGGGAUACAUGACGGUACUGGUUUUCAAUGUGGAAAGGACUGGCUUUUUCUGGAAGAAAAUACCUUCCAGAACGUACAUAAUGAAGGACAAAACUCGAGCCUCAGGAUUUAAGGUACAGAAGGACAGAGAGACGCUAAUUAUGUGUGGCAAUGCUGCUGGCUUCAUGGUAAAACCAGUCAACGAACCCGAGGGCCUUCAAAAAUAA